AGAAAGAUAUGAAUAGUUAAACUGGAAAAAACAAGGCUGUCAGUUAUCGACAUCGGUUCACUACAGUUUGAGCUGCUGAAUUUGCUUUUGCUGCAGCAGCAUUGAACAUUUGUAUUGAUUUGAAAAAAUGGCAUCCUCGAGUUCAUUCAAUGAUUUUGUCACAUGUCCGUAUAAUAAGGGACACGUAGUGCUACGUGGGCGUCUAACAAAACAUCUGGUACGCUGCAGCCGCAAUUCUGAUACCACAAAUAAAUUGCUUCUUUGUCCCUUUAAUGCAAAUCACCGCUUCAAUGCGGAACAGCUGAAGGCGCACAUAAAAGUAUGCCCGGAACGUGCCAGCUUGGAAAGGUAUGCGGACAAGGAACAAUUGCCAUCGGUGGGUGAAUCUGCAAGCAUAGAUUUGGUUGAAUGUGAGGAAGACUGGGACAAAGAACCCGAUGCUCCAACCUAUAAUCCGAGUGUCUAUUGUGAGGAAAAUUUGGUGAUACGUUCAAGCUGCCUCAAUGGUCAAUCGAAGGCAGCACGUCGAGAUUUUCGAGCCAGUGAACGACGACGUUUUGCUGAAAAACGAUAACAUAUUGCAUAGUAUAUGUAUG